AUGAAUGGCUUAGUUGAAGGUAUAUCUAAUAUAUCCCUGGAUCAAAAUCCGGGGAAAAAGCACAAACGACCAUUUCGUGCUUUCCACACUUUUGAUCAAUCUCAAUCUCAAUCUACAAAUGCAAAUACGUAUCCAGCUGCACCACCAGGGCAUUCGUCAUUGGUUAAUAAUGCAUCUUUUAAUAAAUCCCAUAUGAUAGGGAUGGUAAAAAAUGCAGGUCAGGUAUAUAAUGCAGCAGAACAAUCUUCUACCGGUACCACUUCCCAUAUAGUGCCUACUCAAAGGCUUGAGGAUCAGCAACAAAUGCUAGCCAGGACUUUCCUUCCUGAUGUAGAAUCUGUUCCUCCGUUAUUUUCCACGCAAUUUUAUUCUGCUAAUCAAGGCACAUGUGACCCUAGACUGAUGUCAUUAUCUCUAUACAAUAUUCCUGAAAAUGAGCAGCUCAGAUCAGCAACAAAAUUGCCAAUUGGUCUGAACGUACAUCCUUUUGCUACAGUUGUGCCUACUGAUGUGGAGAUAACAGCUAUUGAUACCCGCGGAGUAGGCGGUCCAAUACGUUGCAGACGUUGCCGUUCAUACGCAAAUCCAAAGUACAAAUUUACGUUUGAUUCUAAGUUCGUCUGUAACUUUUGUCAGAUUAAUACCCCGGUGCCUUACCAAUAUUUACCACAGCUCAGUCAAACUGGUGACCGUCCAGAUCUUUUACAACAUCUUGGAUUAGUCAAUGGAGUAGUUGAAUUUACUGUGCCGGACCUUUAUAAAAUCAAACAAGAUAGUGACUUAGUGCCGUUGCAUUAUGUUUUCUUGAUUGAUAUUUCAAUAUGGGCAAACGAGAAUAAGAGCUCCCUCGUUGCUAUUGAAAGUGUGAGAACAGCAAUCAAUUAUAUACGCGAAAACCAGCCUAAUUGUAAGGUUGCUAUUAUAGCCUUUGAUAGAUGGCUAAGAUUUUUUAACUUAAGACCUGAAUCCACCCAAGCGCAAGAACUCGUGGUCUCUGAAUUAAAAGAUAUCUUUUUGCCCCUUCACAAUGGGUUAUUUGUAAGACCUGAAGAAUCGAUGCAUGUCAUUCAAGACACCUUGUUGAAAUUGGAAUCUUUUAUUCAAGAUGAUAAAUUCAUGCACAAGAAUGAGGCAUGCUUUGGUUCUGCCAUUGAGGCAGCCGUAUUAGCCUUGAAAACCAUUACAAAUGGAAAUGGUGGUAAGAUCAUUGCCACUCUAAAUACCAUUCCUACUAUUGGAAACGGCAACUUGAUUAUUUCAAGGGACGAUGGAUUAAAACCGCACAUAAAAUGUGAGAACGAAUUUUAUACCAACUUGGCCAGGGAUAUGUUGAACUCAUAUAUUUCCCUGGAUCUGUUUUGUACAGGUGCUGGUUAUAUGGACUUAGCAACCUUGGCCUAUCCCGUAUUUAUCACUUCAGGAAACAUGAAGCAUUAUCCUGACUUCAAUGUUGAAAGAAGUGAAUUCAAAUUUGUCAAUGACAUUGUUCACUCAGUUUCUAGCACUGUAGGGUACCAAGCACAGUUGAAAGUAAGAUGUUCUUCAGGAUUGUCUGUUAAUAACUAUUAUACGAUGGCUUGUGGCAACAGUGAUAGAGAACCUAUAAUCCCUGUGGUAACCACAGACCAAGCUAUUAAUGUGCUCUUCAAAUAUGAUGACAAGUUGAAAGCCGGCACCGAAUUAUUUUUCCAGGCGGCCUUGUUAUAUACUGAUAUUAACGGAGUUCGAAAAGUUCGUUCGAUGAAUAGCAGUGCAGCAGUUAGCAACAAUAUCCACGAAAUUAUUAAAUUUUUGAACCAAGACGUGAUCAACAGUCUGCUUAUCCAUGACGUUCUUUCUAAGCUAGAUAACUGCCAGUUCCCAAAAAUCAGAGAAACAAUCGACUCAAAAUUAUCGGACAUCUUAACCCAAUACAGGGCAUUAGUUGAUAGUUCCCAUGGUUCACAGUUGAUACUUCCAGAUUCACUCAAGUCAUUGCCGGCGUACUUGCUGUCAUUUGAAAAGUCUGCACUGAUGAGGAAUAACAAAAACUCAAGCCGUGGCAAUGACAGGAUCAUUGACUACUUCAAGUUGUACUACUACAAUCAACACCAAUUAGUCUACAAGCUGUACCCUCAGAUCUUCCCUCUGCAUGAGAUUUUGAGUGAUGAUGAUUUUACCUUUUACGAUCAAAAUAACCUACUACUUCAAUUUGACUCUGUCGAAGCUCUCAGUGUUCGGAACUCCUAUAACUCCCUAGUAAAUGGUGGUUGUUACAUGAUCUUCCAAGGUGACACCAUCUAUAUAUGGUUUAAUGAGAACACCAACAGGCACCUAUUGCGUGAUUUACUAGUUGGGGGCGAAGCUGAGGAAGUGCCAUAUGCUUCUGUAACCCUUUUCGGUGGUCAACUACCUAUUCUAGAAACAGACAUUAACGUUCGCGCACGCAACAUUGUCCGUUAUUGGUCCCAGAUAGUGUCCCAUUCUUACCUUCCUGUGGUAUUAUUAAGACCCAAUGUCGACCAGUACUACUCCCAUACUAUGACUUACCUCAUGUGCGAGGAUAAAUCUGUAGAGAUGAUUGAAAGUUACGACACCUACCUACUUUCUCUACAUCGCAAGAUCAAGGACAACAUCGAAAAUGAACGUUAUACCAAGUUAAGUAAUAGUGGGAAACAUCUUCAUGAAAACCUUGCGGAGAGGUUUAUACAGUUUUAA